GUCAGUGAAUGUCUUCCGUAAACAAAUGUAGGCGAAGCAGUAGCAGCUAUGGCGACAACGAUUGAGGAGAAUGGUCCUUCGAGUCACGAGCAGCCUGAUGUGUCGUCGUCCUCCUCCCUGGCCAGACAGAAACUAGAGGGACUCCUGAAUAAGAACAUGAGGAUUCGCAUGACCGAUGGACGGACUCUGGUGGGGCUCUUCCUCUGCACAGACCGGGACUGUAAUGUCAUCCUUGGCUCAGCUCAGGAAUUCCUCAAAUCUACAGACACAUUCUCUCAGGGUGAACCAAGGGUUCUGGGCCUGGCCAUGAUCCCUGGUCACCAUGUGGUGUCCAUUGAGGUGGAGGCGGACAGUCUGGAGGACACACAAGGAUUUGAAGUGAAUCACUGAUGAAGCUCAAUUAGCUAUGAUGUGACUGACUCUAACUGAGCCUAUCGUGAGGCUGUGGGAAAGAUGGACAUCUUCAUGGUGGAUUUUAUCAAGUUGUCCAGCCUUUUGAGAUGCAGAACUCCUGUGUCAGGAUUCUAAACUUAAACAAUCAAAGAAGCAUCCAUUUCUUGUCACAGCUGUAUGUCACAGUACAUGUGUACAACUGUAGUGCAUAACUUCUAAAUAUAGUUGUGUCUCGUUAUGAUUAAAUAUGCUAAGAAGCGUUCCCCUAAAACUUUCAGAAUUGAAUUCUACUACUUAAAAAAUAGUUCAGUUAAAAAUAGCUCCUCUUGACCACACCCACCCUUGCUCUGCUGCAGGCCUGAUAGUGUUGCUCGACAGAGCCUUAUAUUAAAUGAAGGAAGCAGCAUACAAAUAAUGUUACAUAAUUUCUGUUAAUUAAGAUCAAACAGGCAGAUUAAUAACACUGACAAUGAAAACAAUCACUGUAGGUUUUGCACUGCAGUUUAAAGAAAACAGCAGCUUUGUGGAUUUAUGUGGAAAUGGUGCUUCAUGUACAGUAAAUGUGUUUAUGUUACAAAAUAAAUUGCUGUAUUUGUGACUUGAAACUAC